AGCUCCAUAUAAAAGACCUUAUACUUCAGAAUUGAACAAUUUACGUCCCGUUCAACAUUCAAAUUAGUACAACUAAUUACAUGCAUUAUUAAUAAUAUCAAUUAAUAAAUACAAUAAAGUUGCGUGUUUCAAACACCAAUUAUUAUUGCUGAAUUGUCAAUAUAAUCUCUGCUGUUUUCCAGCCAAGUGAAUUAUGCCUCAAUUGCAAACACAAAAGGGAAGAUAGACGUAUUUCCUCAGGAGCGAAUCAUAGACAGUAUAACAUGCAUACACGACCAUCAUCAACAUGAACGAGCUGCCUGAAGAUUGUGUCUGUACCAUUCUUUCCCUCUCCUCUCCAUUGGAUGUUUGCCGGUCCGCGGCCUCGUGUUCGGAGCUCCGAUCGGUGGCUCAGUUAGAUUGUGUAUGGGAGAGCUUCCUACCGAGUGGCUACCAUGAGAUAAUUUCAAGGGCUGAUCCUGCAUUAUUGCUUAAAUGUGGCUCAAAGAAAGAGUUGUUCUUCUUGCUUUGCAACUCUAUCCUUAUUGAUGGUGGUAACAAGAUUUUUAAUCUAGACAAAAUAACUGGACUCAAAUCCUACGUAAUAUCGGCCAGAGAUCUGUCAAUUGAAUGGGCCGAUGACCCAAUCUAUUGGUCCUGGAAAAAGACCCCUCAAUCAAGGUUCAGGGAAAGUGCAGAACUAAGAACCACAUCAUGGCUAGAAAUCAAUGGCUAUAUGAAAACUAAAAUGCUAUCACAAAACACAACCUAUGGAGCUUAUCUAAUCUUUAAGGUCUCUGAACGACGUGCGUAUGGGUUGGACAUAAUGCCUAUGGAAGUAUCACUCGAAGUGGGCAGUGAUCUCGUGUGCCAUAAUACUGUGUACCUACACCAAGACGAUCAAAAGAAGCAACAAAUCCAAUGGUUGUUAUACUAUAAUCGAACAGAAAUGUUGACAUCGAGGGUGAAUCAAGGGUUUGGUGAAAGUAUUCCUAUGCUUUCGGGUGCACGCGGUGAUGGAUGGAUGGAAGUCGAGUUAGGGCACUUCUUUAAUGGUGAGUCUAAUUGUAGUGAUGAUAAUAAGGUUGUGAAGAUGAGUUUGAUGGAGGUUAAAGGGCAUCAUUUGAAGGGGGGUCUUAUUAUUGAAGGGGUUGAAAUUAGGCCUAUACAUUAGUUCAAUUUGUUGUCUAGAAGUUAAGUUAUUGGAUUGAAAUAUAAUAUAUUUUAUGUACAUGUACGUAGAAAUUAAAGUAAUUAGAGGUAGUAAAAUUUUACAAGGAUUAAGCCUCUC